AUGAGGUACUUUGCAAUACCUCGCUUGACUAGCACCGGUCCAGGCAAGCUUUCCAUGUGGAGCGGCGAGCUUGGAUUUGCCAUGUUGUUACUACUCCGGCUCGAAAAUGAACUAAUCGGCAACAGAAACAGUGUCAUCGGAGUUGAUGCGAAAAAGGAGGCCAGCAUCGAAGGUCUGAGUGAGCAUGGACACGAGCUCGAUAAUGGACCAAGGUAG